UGGUGGGCCUCAUUAAAAAAAUGUAAACAUCCAGUCUUGAAGGGUGUGUGUAGAUUCAGCUCAGGAAAAAGAAUCACUGGGACAAGUAUGACUGAAAGUGAGCCUCAUAUUGGCAACGAUGGGAGUGGUAGACUGUCCCAAACUCCUGAUCACACUAAGACUCAGUCUAUAACCAGACUCCCUGGAGGCUCAGCACUCCCCAGGAGCAGUCGAGGGUUCUCACGAAAACUACAAGACAUGAUCAAAAAACAAAGAACAAGUAUAGAUAAUGACCUUGUAACUAGUGAUACCAAGGGAAAGUUUGAGCCACGAAAUUGGAAACAACUGUCAGACAGGGAACUUUCCAAGCUGUCACUCAUGGAAAGAAGCAGAUAUCUGGCAUAUGAGCCUACACCAAAAGAGAUGGUGGAAAAAUGUCAAGAAUCACGAAAAAGAGUUAGAGUAAAUAGAGAAAGUGAGAGAGCAUUGAGGCCAUCUAUUGGAGAGGCUAUUGAGUAUGAACGUAACAAUGAACUCGUUGGGCAACUCAAAUCUGCCGAAGCAAGGCAACGAAUCAGAUACUCAAGAAUGCAGUACCAAUGCUAUAGGGAGGAGGAGCUGGCUCACUUGAUCUCCUCUCAACCGUCCGCCAUUGAGGCUGUGAGGUUGCAGAGCUUCAUUGCUCCAGUGACCAGUGGGAGACAAAUGCCAGAUACCCUCAACCAACAUCAGAGAAUCAGAUGUGAGACUAUUCUGGAAGACGAGAAAGGACUUACAAUAAACAGAACACAGUAGCUAUUAUCAUGACAAGUCUUUCUUUGCUAAUAGUAACAUCAAUUACAUGUAUGUAUUAAUGUUUACUGCUUCGGUCCAGUACUUAAAAAAAGUUUUGCUAACGGAAA